AGUGCGUACUGGCUGAAUGCAUUUCCGAAUGAAUGAGCGAUGGUGACGUCCGUAGGUUUGCCUGCGAUGAGCUGGCCGGUCUGCUUAGCCCUGGCCAGGCCUCCUGUCAGGAAGCAGGAGGGGAGUGGAGGAAUGAGAACGUUCCAGGGUUCCCGUUCAGCCGCCCGGAGCUGCUGAAGGAAUGGGUGCUGAACAUUGGCCGGGGCAACUUUAAGCCCAAGCAGCACACGGUCAUCUGCUCCGAGCACUUCCGACCCGAGUGCUUUAGCGCCUUUGGAAACCGCAAAAACCUGAAGCAGAAUGCCGUGCCCACGGUGUUCGCCUUCCAGGACGCCACGCAGUUGGUGAGGGAGAAGGCGGACCCGGCCGGCAGGGGUGCAAACGCGGACUCUCACCAGGAGGAGGUCUUCCCCGAGGCGGGGCCCGCGGAGUGCGGCCUGGGGAGAAGGAUGGACAGUGCCCUCGAAGCGCUGCCCCCGAACGCUGGCGGCCCCAUAGAACAGGUCUUGCCGCAGAGGGUGCCGGGAACCCAGGCCCCCGGUCAGCCGGCCAGCCGCACACAGCCGUCCGAUCACAGCUACGCCCUUUUGGACUUGGAUGCCCUAAAAAAAAAACUCUUCCUGACUCUGAAGGAAAAUGAAAAGCUCCGAAAGCGCUUGAAGGCCCAGAGGCUGGUGAUACAGAGGAUGUCCAGCCGCCUCCGCGCGCACGGAGCGGGGCAGCCGGGCCUCCAGGCCAGGCCGCGGCCGGAGCAGCAGAGCUGAGCGGGACGGCCAGGCUUUCUCGUCAGAGCCUCCGGGAGGUGGGGCAGCGGCUUGGGGGCUCCGGCCGUGGACCCUGCGGUCCCGCCGCUGACACGCGGAGUGACAGCGAGGCACGCCGGGCGCACCACCAGCCACCUCAGGGCAAGUGUAGCCGCGUCAGCCCGGGACGCAACCGUGAGCAAGACGAACCCGGUCCUCCUGGAGGUGACCGUGCCGGCUGUCCUUUCAACGAAAGCUGGGUGGGAGUCUUCAGAACCGCCGCGUGAGGCGGCGUCCUGAGCCAGUGUGGCAGGCGCACCCCAGUGGGGAGUGCAUUCCCUUGAGGGGCGGCUGGGCCCAGGGGACACGAGCGGGGUGACGGCGGACCCAAGGCAGCAGGAGUGGUCGCUCCACCGUCUGGACAGCAGGCGCUGAGUGGCUGAGACUGGCCUCUGUUCCAGGCCACCUCCUUUCCGGCUGGGUGAGCGGCCGGCAGAAUAAAGUGUCUUCCUACGCUG